AUGGAGUUAUCAUGGGGAAGAGAUAAUAUGAGUGUGUUGAAACAUCAAGAAACACAUAUAGGGGGAAAAGUCUAUAAAAUUAAUCAGUGUGCUACUGCAUUUUGCAAGAAGCCAAAGCUUCCUGCAUAUCAGAAAACAGAUAUAAGAGAAAAACUCAAUGAGUAUAGUGAAUGUGGGAAAACCUUCAGCCAUAAAUCAUCUCUCAUCCUACAUCAGAGGAUACACAGAGGGGAGAAACCCUAUGAAUGCACCAAAUGUGGGAAAACCUUUGGGUAUAGGUCAGGCCUCACAGUACAUCAGAGAACACACACAGGGGAGAAACCCUAUGAAUGUAAUGAAUGUGGCAAAAAUUUCUGUGAGAAGUCAAAUCUCCGUGUACAUCAGCAAACACACACAGGGCAGAAACCCUAUGAGUGUAAUGAAUGUCAGAAAACCUUCAGUGAUAGGUCAGCUCUCACAGUACAUAGGAGAAUACAUACUGGGGAGAAACCCUAUGAAUGUAAGGAAUGUGGGAAAACUUUCUCCCAGAAGCCAAACUUCAUUAAUCAUCAGAGGACUCACACAGGAGAGAAACCCUAUGGACGUCACAAAUGUGGAAAAUCCUUCUCUGUGAAGUCGAAACUGAGGGAGCAUCAGAAAACACACACAGGGGAGAAGUCUUAUAAAUGUAAUGAGUGUGGGAAAACUUUCUACCAUAAGUCAUCCCUCACAGUACAUCAGAGCACCCACACAGGGGAGAAACCCUAUGAAUGUAACCAAUGUGGGAAAACCUUCUAUCAGAGUCAUUCCUCAUAA